GUUUUUAGACGAACAUGAUCUACAGACUAUAUUCGUUCACUCUUUUCAGAUUAGAGAAAUCAAGUCCUUAUACCUGUACCACAGCCGGCCAGCUUGGUACCAGUUUAUAACCUCAGCAUUUUGCCACUUUAACUGGAACCACUUAUCCAGCAACCUCUUCUUCUUAUAUAUAUUUGGGAAACUAGUUGAAGAGGAGGAGGGCAAUUUGGCAUUAUGGCUUUCUUACAUCUUAACCGGUGCCGGUGCCAAUCUUGUCUCAUGGUUUGUCCUUUCGAGGAAUGCGGUAUCUGUUGGAGCAUCAGGUGCUGUCUUUGGCCUUUUCGCAAUUAGUGUCCUGGUAAAGAUGUCAUGGGACUGGAGAAAAAUUCUUGAAGUUCUUAUCCUUGGCCAAUUUGUUAUUGAUAAGGUUAUGGAAGCAGCACAGGCAUCCACAAGGCUGACAGGUCCUCUCGGCCGAGGGUACUCUUUACAGAAUGUGAAUCACAUAGCCCACCUCUCUGGUGCCCUUAUCGGUGUUACGCUGAUACUCCUCAUCAGUCGAAUUCCUUCUCAUCCCUCCGGUCAAGGUAACAAUGUAUUAAAGGGAAACAAAGAAAAACCACAUUAAAUUUUCUUAAUGCGCGAUUUCAAAUUGAUAAUUCUAAUACAAAAGUAAAGUCAUCAGAACUUU